CUGACAGUGACAGCCUGAUUCUGGCCCGCGGGGCAGUGCGGUGACUCUGAGGCCCUGAGGGGGACAAUCUCAUGGUCAGUUCACAAAACACCGUGUGCCCUUCUUGUCCGCCUUCUUUGGAGACGUCUCGGGAUGGCAGAUGAUCAGAAGCCCAUUGUUGUGGGCUAUGCAAUGAAACCUGAGCGAGAGAAGGGGUUUCUAAAGAGAAAUGCCCUUCCAGCCCAGCCAAUCCAGGGCAUCUGCUUCAAGAAGAUUGACCUGAGCGCUCCGCUCGGGCCACAGCUUGCGGAGGUCGACCUUGUCCUCCACAGAAUGAUGGAUGAGCUACAAAGUGUAGAUUGGGAUCAAGAAGAAAAGCAAGCUGAACCACAAGCUGCACCUGCAAACAAUUUGGCGCCAGUCCAUGACUUGGGGCCUCGAGAAACAGAUGGGGCCCCUUAUAAGAAGCAGAGUGAGACGGCCAACAUUGCAGAACAAGUGUCUUGUUCACAACGAGGCAGUGAAAGGCCAGCGCACGAAGCGGGAAAUUUGUCUGGGCCGGGGGUCAGUGGGAGGAGCGAUGGAGUGGCAAGCACGCACCGGACGAAACGGUGCUUCCAAAUGUCAGCGGGGCAUCUUGAGUUGGAAAGGUUCUGCGCUUCCCAUCCAGAGCUGCUUGUCGUCGACUCCUUCGACGACGUUCGUGUCGUGAUGGACAGAUUCGCUAUCCACGACGCCAUCAGCAACAUUACACUGCCAGGAUUAGCAGUAACCGUACGAGCGCCAAAAGCCAUACGGGUUCUAGAACAUGACGUGGCGAAGCUGAGCGAGAGCAUGGCAGAACUGGGUAUGGCGUUCCCGUGCAUUAUGAAGCCGCGGGUGGCCUGUGGAACCCCAGAGUCGCACGCGAUGGCACUGCUUUUGAGGCCCGAGGGCCUGCUCGAGUCCAGGGUGACUCUCCCGGCCUCACUUCAGGAGUACGUCGACCACGGCGGCCUCCAGCACAAGGUGUAUGUCCUCGGCUCGAAGCUCUUCCACACGCCACGUGUCUCGAUGCCCGACGCUCGGGAGAUCCUUGACGAGCAUCGGGAGGCGGCCGUCGUGACCUUCGACAGCCUGCGGACGCCGCUCACCAGGUCGGCGAAUCCGACGGCCGAUUCCGACGGUGCCACGUGCGAGCCCACCCAAUCGAACGGCGUGGAUGAAGCGGCGUUGGAGGGGAUUGCCAGCUGGCUGCGGGAGAAGCUGGGGCUCAGCCUUUUCGGCUUCGACGUUGUGGUGCAACUUGACAGUCGAGAUCACAUUGUUGUCGACGUGAACUAUUUCCCGUCGUUCAAAGACGUUCCUAAGGAGAUUGCUGUGACUUCGCUGUGGGACGCGCUGCGUCAUAAGCAUGAACAGUGGUGCUUACUAAAUCAGGAGGAUGGAGACGUAAAGGCAGAUUAUGAAGAUGGCAGUUUUUGUUGAUCGACUGCGGGACUCUCGAUGGGAAUGUACAUGUUGUAAAAACGUUCUAAAUGACAGUUGGUAUGAUUAUUUUGUCUGCAGAUAUAUGAUCGAAUUGGCUAUGUUGCUUUGCAAUUUUAAUAUGUGAAAAUGCGAAAAUGUUUAAUGAAUUUAUCAGGGUG